AUGUUGGCCACUCUACUAUCGGAUACCUUACCCGAGUAUUUGGUCAGUUUUUGCGGCCAAUCGUUGGACACAGUUUGGUAUUACGGACACCAGUACUGGAUCGAUGAGGCCGACCCGCGCACCAAACAUUUCCCCAUGGUUGAGGGCGGUGUGUGGAAAAUACUGCUAGUAAUGUCAUGCUAUUUACUAUUAAUCAAGAGGAUUUUGCCAGAGUUUAUGGCCAACCGGAAAGCCUACACAUUGCGGGGCCCAAUACUAGCCUACAAUACGAUGAUGGUCGCUAUAAAUGCAUACUUUUUCUAUGAGAUCGUGAUCCAUUUAGAGUACGGGCAAAGGUUUCUCAAUUUCAAUUACCCCGAUCGUCAUGAUUUCUCGGCUAAAACAUUGCGCGAACUUAAUCUGGGUUGGUAUGGAUGGAUGAGCCGCUUCCUGGACAUGUUGGACACUGUGUUUUUUGUGUUGCGCAAAAAACAUAGCCAGAUUACUUUUCUACACGUUUACCAUCAUACUGCUGUGCCAUUCUUAGGCUGGUUCUCAAUGAAAAUCAAUCCAUUGGCGCCGAUCAUAGGACUGUUCGGUCUGUUCAACACAGCUAUACAUGUGUUGAUGUAUUCGUAUUACUCGUUGGCAUCGUUUGGGCCCCAAAUUCAACCUUAUCUAUGGUGGAAAAAGUACAUCACCAUGAUGCAAUUGAUCCAGUUUUUAGUGUGUGGCUCUUAUGGUGUGGUCCUGUUUAUCCUACAAACCGGUUAUCCGUCCGUUUGGUUCUGGGUUUGCGGUAAAUAUUCAUUAUAUUUAUUU